ACGAUCUUCAAGAGCUUCGCCCUCCUGCCCCGUGGACCGCAUCCCAGCCCUGUGUGGCUCUUUGGCAAACGUCAGUACAACCGUGACGCGGUCGUUGCCCUUUUCGUUCUCAGCAGGCUGCUGCCCUCGCUAAGGUUUGAAAUGCCAAACGCCCGGCCCACUCCUGCAAGACCGUUCUCGCACGUCCCCUGAAGAAGCGGGGUGGGAAAGCAGCCAGUGGCGCGCAGCGCUUCUCCCACUUCGGGGGCGGGAGGACGGCCUGGGAGCGGGCGGGGUAGGUUCCCUCCGCGGCCCCGCCUGGAGCGGUUCUAGGCCUGGAAUCGCCCGCUUGUGGCGGAAGGAGCGUUACCCCACGCCGAAGGGGCCUGCGGCGGCGCAGAGGUGCCGGCAGGGGGCGCGGGCCGCCGGACCACCCCUCGGGCUAGAGGCCGGUGGUCCCUCCCAGGCCGGGUGUGCGACUAGGCCUCGCUGCCAGGUCUCCUGCCCCCACUCUCACCUCGUCACCUCCCCGCCCCCCAGCGGGACCCUGAGGUGCGCGGCGCAGGCGCAGAGCGAGGCGGCAUUUUUUACCACUUGUGAAAACUUCGCUGUAAUUCAUUUUUCCUCACUCCCGUAUUAAGAAUUAUAUCAAAUUGAAAAGAUAUGAAUGAAUAUCCUAAAAAAAGAAAAAGGAAGACUUUACACCCUUCUCGUUAUUCAGAUUCCUCUGGAAUAAGCAGAAUUGCAGAUGGAUUCAAUGGAAUUUUUUCUGAUCAUUGUUAUAGUGUCUGUUCUAUGAGACAACCAGACUUAAAAUAUUUUGACAACAAAGAUGAUGAUUCUGAUACAGAGACAUCAAAUGACUUGCCAAAAUUUACAGACGGAAUCAAGACCAGAAACAGAAAUCAGAAUUAUCUUGUUCCCGGUCCCGUACUUAGAAUCCUAGACCACACUUCCUUUUCUACAGAAAAAUGUACUGAUAUUGAAAUCUGUGAUGAAGAGUGUGACUCACCUGAACCAGUCCACCAGCAAACCCAAGAGGAGAGCCCUAUAGAAGUUCACACUGCUGAAGAUGUUCCAAUCGCUGCAGAAGUGCAUGCAAUUUCUGAAGAUUAUGAUAUAGAGACAGAAAACAAUUCCUCGGAAAGUCUCCAAGACCAAACUGAGGAAGAGCCACCAGCUAAACUUUGCAAGAUUCUUGACAAGAGCCAAGCUUCGAAUGUGACUGCCCAGCAGAAAUGGCCUUUACUGAGAGCUAAUAGCAGUGGCCUCUAUAAAUGUGAACUUUGCGAGUUCAACAGCAAAUACUUUUCUGAUUUAAAGCAGCAUAUGAUCCUGAAGCAUAAGCGUACUGAUUCAAAUGUGUGUCGAGUAUGCAAGGAAAGUUUCUCUACCAACAUGCUUCUGAUCGAACACGCCAAACUGCAUGAAGAGGAUCCCUACAUUUGUAAAUACUGUGACUAUAAGACAGUCAUUUUUGAGAACCUCAGCCAGCACAUUGCAGACACCCAUUUUAGUGAUCACCUUUAUUGGUGUGAGCAGUGCGAUGUGCAGUUCUCCUCGAGCAGUGAACUCUACCUACAUUUCCAGGAGCACAGCUGUGAUGAACAGUACUUGUGUCAGUUCUGUGAACAUGAGACAAAUGACCCAGAAGACUUGCAUAGCCAUGUGGUAAAUGAACAUGCAUGUAAAUUAAUCGAGUUAAGUGACAAGUAUAACAAUGGAGAACACGGACAGUACAGCCUCUUGAGCAAAAUUACCUUUGACAAAUGUAAAAACUUCUUUGUGUGCCAAGUAUGUGGUUUUCGGAGUAGACUUCAUACAAAUGUUAACAGGCAUGUUGCUAUUGAACAUACUAAAAUUUUUCCUCAUGUUUGUGAUGACUGUGGGAAAGGCUUUUCAAGUAUGCUGGAAUAUUGCAAACAUUUAAAUUCACAUUUAUCUGAAGGGAUUUAUUUAUGUCAAUACUGUGAAUAUUCAACAGGACAAAUAGAAGAUCUUAAAAUUCAUCUAGACUUCAAGCAUUCAGCUGACUUACCUCAUAAAUGUAGCGACUGCUUGAUGAGGUUUGGAAAUGAAAGGGAGUUAUUAAGUCACCUUCCGGUCCAUGAGACAACUUGAUUAUUCUCUUUAACUUCAUAAUGUUAAUGUAAAAUAAUAAAUACGACUUUUUUUGGAGAUGUUAAAAUGGAUUAUUUUAAACACAAUUUAUGAGAAUUGCCUUAAGAUUUUUUAAUUGUCCAAUUUUCUUGGCAUUGCUACAUUUUUCAGCAUAUGGUUGUAUACUAAAUGUAGUAUGUUCAAUGCAUGGUAGUUCAUAGUUUUAACCUCUCGGUGACUAACAUCCUGUUUCUUGCAUGCGCUCCGAUUUAAUGAAUUGAUAGGAAACAGAUGUACUAAAGAAACUAUUUUUAUUUCUGUAACCAUAGGUGCUAUUAACUGUUUUAAACUCAAAACAAGCUCAGUUUUUCAUAUAGAAAGUCAUUAAACUGUUGCACUACCAGCAUUAAAAUGCAGCAUAAUGUACAAUAA